UUUGGUUCAGAUUCAAGCCUUUCGGAAUAAAAAUGUUGGAACAAUGCAUGCGAUUCUAGACAUUUAUUUCAUAGACUUUAAAAUUGUUGCUAUUGAAAGUCUAACAAGAAAUGAGUUCGAAAAACAAGUUCUUGGGAUAUUUUCAACAAACGAAUUCGUUCUUGAAGACACGAAGAAUAAGACCCAAGUUAUGAAAUUCGAAAUGUUUCAAGUCACUGGAAUGUUGGCAACGGAUCAAUUAUCUCAAAGUAACUACUCCGUUUAUUCUCAUCAAAUUUAUGACAGCAAAAGAAGAGUUCGGUUUGUAGAUAUCAUGAAAUAUAUCAAUGUAACACUGGUUCUACUAUGUCGAUAUGUCCACCUUGAUUCUAAAUCAUAUCAAGUGAAAGUCAAUUAUCAAGUGCUUCCACCAGAUAUAAGUAUAAAAAUAGAUUUAAAUAGAAGUACACUGUACGUCGUAGACCAGAGAGAUUUGACAAUGGUGGAGGUGGAUGAAGAUGGUGGACUUAAUGUCUGCGUUGAACUACUGGAUAAGUUGAUAGGACAACAACAACAGAGUUUUCUGAGCCUGAUGGCUAAAUGGUUGAAAGGGACAAAUCUAGUUGAAUACAUUGUUUCUUUAGUUUGUUUCGUGGCUUCUAUAAUCUGCCUCCUUACAUCUCUUUUUACUUACUGGAUAUUCCCUGUGUUGAAAACAGAGGCUGCUAUAAAUAACAUGUUUCUCAGCGGCAGUCUUUUAUUAGCACAAGUUUCUUUACUGGUCAGCUCUCAGAGUAUAAGAGCGAGUACUCUGUGUACGGCACUUGGUGUACUCACUCACUUUCUGUGGCUGUGGAACUUCACCUGGAGCUUCAUCUGUAGCUACCACAUGUACAAAGUGUUUGCCUCCAACGUCCCGUCAUCCACUACAGUCCAACCCAGAAAACUCUGGAUGACAAUCACCUGCUCGAUUCUCUUCCCAACAUUGAUCAUUGUCACCACUGUGGUGUUCAACUUGCUUAAGUCUGAUGGACAAGACAUUGGCUAUGGACGCUCUGUCUGUUUCUUUAACUCUGUUUUCAUUUUUGGUGUGACAGUGAUAGGUCCACUGUCUGUCAUAACAGUCAUUGAUAUUAUAUUCUUCACUAUCUCAUUUUAUAAAAUCUGGAAAGUUCGUCUCCUGGACACCUCAAUUACAAACCAUGAUGAAAAUUUUGUAUUUGCUUAUGCUCAACUGUCCACUCUGUCAGUUGCUUUCUGGACAGUCACUUACCUUGCUGUUACCUUUGACAACGGUGUUCUAAGACUUCUCUCUUCUCUACUGAAUGGACUCCAAGGAGUGCUGAUGUUCAAGUCUUUUACUUGUAACAAGAGCGUCUUUAUACACUUCAAAAAAAAACUGAUGAAAAUUUAAGCAAGAAAAUCUCAACUCAUGGAGAGCAUGGAUUUCAUGACCAAAGUUUAACGAAUAAAUA